GUUGCUUCUGGAGUUCUGGGAUAUAAUUCUGCCAGUUUGCACUUCGCAGUGGCUCGCGUCGGUACUCGGUACGCGCUACGCCCUUCAUAUAGUGUAUACGUUCACGUGCGUUCACGCAUGUUAAUGUAUUGAAAUAAAAAAAAAAGUAAACAAAACUAAUUGGCAAUAGUGAAUAACAAAUUUUAAUAUGUUAUAUUUUAGUGUAAGAGAGCAAAGAAAACAACGUAAAUUAGAGUUGGAAAACUUUGUUUGUAAAAAAUAUAAAGUUACAAGUGAAACAUCAACACCAGCUUCCCUUAAAGAAAAUAAUAAUAAUAAGAUAUACUAUCAGCAUCAUGAUCAUUCAUACGCAAAAAAUAAAAUAGUUAACCUUGUUAAUGAUGAUUGUCUAGCUGAAAUAUUCACAUAUGUGCCAGCAUGUGAAAGACCCAAAAUUGCAUUGGUGUGUCAAAAAUGGAGAAGAGUCCUUGAUUAUUCCUGGAGUAAUGUCAAAAAACUUGAACUAACUCAUUGGGAACGAGCCGAGUAUCCAAAUUUUUUGAAGAAAUAUCCAAUACCUGAUGGAAGAUUAACCUUUUUAAAAUCAUUGCUUUAUAAAUGUGGUCGUUAUUUAACAGAAUUAGACUUGUCAGCGUAUGGUUAUAGUGACAUAGUGCCAGUUAUUAAUGAAUAUUGUUCAAACCUCGUGAAACUUCGAUUGAGAUUCAUCUAUGAUGACGAUGAAAUAAUAUAUGAUAAAGCAUUUUCACGUCUAUCUAAGCUCAAAGUAUUAACAGUUAUAUUUCAAUAUAUGAAAUACGAGUCUAUGCUUGAUUAUAUAAUCCAUGCAUUGUUACCCCUUGCUGAUACAUUGACUGAUCUGACUCUGUUCAAUUGGAAAGAUGACGUACCCUCUGAAUAUACUGGAUCCUGUAAAUUUUCGCUGAUCACCAUGUAUGUGCUUAAACGAAUGAAGGCUCUGAAAAGAUUUGAAUUUGGUGGUAUUCAAAUGUACCCAGAGUUAGAAGAGUAUCUGAGAAGUAAUCGCACACUAGAAUGUUCUUACUAUGAUCGUUCCUUAAACGAAAAUAUCAUUAGGCCAAAUCAGUUAAUGAGUAUAACUACAUUGAAUUUGAAGGAAUACAAAGUUUCAGAUGAUAGUUUGUAUACUAUUGCCAAUACCAUGAAACAAAUAACAACGCUCACGAUAAAAUGGCAAUGGAUAACCAAUGAUGGUGUAGUAACCAUUUCAAAGAUGAAUAAUCUAAAGUUUCUUAUUUUUUCUGGCGUUAAUGACAGCAUUAAUUCUUCAUCCAUCAAAUUGCUCAAAAACUUAAUUAGAUUAAUGUUACCAGGCAGCAAUAUAAUUAAUGAUGAUUUAGCUAUAAAAGUUCUCGAAAAUUCACCAAAGUUGGAAGCGUUGUUUGUUCCGGACACGAGUGUAACUGUUGAAUUUAUCAAAAAAGCAGCAGAAAUAUCAAGAAUUAGAAAACGAAUCUUGCUUGUUGCUGUUUCUUUCGAAAUUGAUAAAAAACAAUAUGAAUCGCCAUAUUUUAAAAUUAUUUGUUCAAAAAAAAAAAAAUUAAAUAAUUGACAAAUUUUGGUGACAACUGACUAUUAAUAUCGCGACGAAAAAAAAAAAAA